AUGGGCGCGGCGGCUGUAGGUUUGCGGAAGUGUGAGAAGUAGGAGUCAUAAGACCAGGCACGAAAGGAGAAAGCGCUACCCGGCCAUGGAUACUGAACCCCGGACAGGUGACUGAGACCACAGGUAGCAGCAGCGACAGCAGCGUGAAGCAUCCAGCCCGCGAUGGACGAGAUCAAAGAGUCUCCGGACUACAGCUGGUUCAGGAGCACCGUGCCCCUGAAGAGAAUUAUCGUCGAUGAUGAUGACAGUAAGGUGUGGUCGCUGUAUGAUGCUGGGCCGAAGAGUGUCCGAUGUCCUAUCAUCUUUCUCCCUCCGGUCAGCGGGACAUCCGAGGUGUUCUUCCAGCAGGUGCUAGCUCUGACGGGCUGGGGCUACAGAGUCAUCUCGCUGCAGUAUCCGGUGUACUGGGAUCUCAUGGAGUUCUGUGAUGGGUUUAGAAAACUUCUGGAUCACCUGCAGCUAGACAAAGUUCAUUUGUUCGGAGCGUCUCUGGGGGGAUUCUUGGCUCAGAAGUUUGCUGAGUGUACACACAAGUCUCCCCGAGUGCACUCUUUGAUCCUGUGUAAUUCAUUCAGCGACACCUCAAUCUUUCACCAGACAUGGACAGCAAACAGUUUCUGGUUGAUGCCAGCUUUCCUACUAAAGAAGAUCGUUCUGGGGAACUUUGCAAAAGGACCUGUGGACCCUAAAAUGGCAGAUGCAAUUGAUUUCAUGGUAGACAGGCUGGAGAGCCUGAACCAAAGUGAAUUAGCAUCGCGGCUAACACUCAACUGUCAGAACUCUUAUGUGGAGCCGCACAAAAUAAAGGACGUUGCUGUGACCAUCAUAGAUGUGUUUGAUCAGAGCGCUCUGUCACUGGAGGCCAAAGAGGAAAUGUAUAAACUGUACCCUAAUGCCAGGAGAGCACAUCUGAAAACUGGAGGAAACUUCCCGUACCUGUGCAGGAGCGCUGAGGUCAACCUCUACAUACAGAUUCACAUGCGCCAGUUUCACGGGACAAGAUAUGCUGCCAUAAAUCCUGCCAUGGUGAGCGCUGAGGAGCUGGAGGUGCACAAGUGCCACCUGAGCAGUAACCAGGACUCUGAAGACUACCAGUGAGCUGGCAGUUACACGAGGCUGUCUCCUCACAACAUUUCUGACAAUUUGAGUCUCUCUUGAACACAUUUACAGGACAUUGACAGAUUUUCUGUGGAGCUCAACAGCUAAUCAGCAAGUAAUCUGAGAUUAUUUUUUAUUGAACAAGUGAAGCAAUAUUUUGAUAAAGACCUGUACACAAAGGGUACUCUUGUACUGCGCUUUGCUUUAAAAACAUCCAACACUCUGCCUUAUGGGGAAUGAAUCUGUUUCACUCGUAUUGCCUGGACUGUGUUUAUGCCUGUGUGGAAUAUAAGUUGUGGUCAACAAUACCAGCAGCAAACUGGUGUCAUGUUAACAGAAAAAUGAACACACAAGUUCACGUUCGUGGUUAUCUAAUGUUUAUAACUGACUAAGAUAAAAUUACAUUUUUGCCCAA